AUUGACUUUAACAAGACUACCGUUGAAUUUGUUGGACUAAAAGGAUUCCGAGAGGACAGCUUAGGAAAAGGACCCCUCGAUUACUAUAGCAGUAUGAAAAGACGUAUUCAGGUUGAUCACCAACUAAUAUAAACUGAUGUAGAGUCGUACGCUAAUUCUACAGAUGGCUGCUUUUAUAAUUGUUCUGUUAUUGAUGCACUGCAGUUGGCAUUUCUGCGAUUGUUGUCCCACUGAUGAAACAAAACAUCCCAUGUUUUUGAUGUCAAUUGAUUCAUUUGGCGGAAUUAUCCUACCAAAUAUCAAUAGUUCAGAUACAUGUAUCUGUGACAAUACCGGCUGUAACAAUACCUGCUGUCAAAAUGAUAGAGUGUACUGGACCUACUCUAAUAAAGACGUGUAUGGAAUGCAAGGAAAUGGCACGCUCGGAGAAAUGUUCAACGUUUUGAGAGACGAUUACCUAGGAAAAGAAUAUGUUGCUUCGGUGUAUCUAGAUGUGUCUGGUCAGAGUUUUUUGGGGGUAGGCAAUCCUAACUCUAACGCGGUCACAGUGGACAUUAUUCUACCACAAGUAAACCAAAACUCUCUCGUAAAAUGCGAAAACGAAUCUGUCACACUGAAUCUUCAGCCGUUCGAAGCCAGAACCUUGAGUUUUAAUUGCGAUAUCACCGGAGCUCACAUCACAGGAUCUGACAAUAUCAUAGUCUAUGUGGCAACGUUCUCAUUAAUUGCACCAAACUCUGCUUCAAAUCUUCAAUUUAUGAUUGAACAACUAAUUCCAAUCAACCAGUGGGGGACGUUUUAUGCAGUUGUGCCUUACGGCCAAAACGCAUACGGAGAUGUAAUCUCUGUCGUUACAUCACAGCCGGAUACAUUUGUCCAUAUUCUGGGAUACGACUUUAUAACUGUCUCAAACAAAUAUGAGAGCAUUCGAAGACGAAUAGAUGGUAAAAGGCCGAUAACUGUCAGGUCUUCUAAACCAGUUGGUGUGACACAGUUCUCAUUAAACAUGAAUGGCAAAAAUGCGAUGAGCAUCUGCAUUUCAGUUACCACAGACACUAACAGGGAAGCUCUCACUACUGGUGGACCAUUCUUUUAUAAUUAUCUAAGAUAUGCCUUAAGCGAAAACGUUACAGAGGAUAAUCUUCCUCUUUCACGAUUCGUCGCAAACAGACAGGAUAACUUUCCGACAUCUGAUAUAUUUGGCUGUAGUGUGUACAGAGAAAAUACACUCUAUUUUGGUGGAACCUUUUGUGGGUAUUUACAGAACACUGCAAACAGCAGCAACCGCGAUUGGCCAAGGAUGGAUCCGGGAGACGGUAAAGAUAACGAUGGAGAUGGCAGUAUAGACGAAGACGACUGUUACAGCAAUUUUGAACCGAACGCACACGUCCAGGACUGCCGCAAAGAAGGCGGCGCUGGUUCAGCAAUGGAAUAUUUCAUUAUACCAGUAAAUACUUUGGCAGAGACAGUCACUGCAGUAUGCUGUCGGUCUAUGUCAACGUCGCUGAAUACAAUUUUAUGCGUGAAUAAGUCAGCCAACACAGAUACUUGGGAAGCUGAAAUCGAUAAAACCAAUGUUUUUCAUUUUAAACAUGUAAGCAUAAACAAUCCGUUGAUAAUACAAAGUACUUCUUCAAGCAAGUUACAUUUGAUGUGUAAUUAUGUAUGUGUAUCGAAUUACGUUGACUGCUCGAACUCGUUUUAUGUUCCUCCUGUUAAUAUGUUGGGUUCAAGAUACAUAGCCAGUGUACCCCCGUGUCCUGACGGAUCCUCAACCUGCGAGAGCAAAUGCUCUAUCGCUCAAGUAUUCAACAAUACUUUGUUUGGCUAUGCAAAGAACCUUGCUCCUAGUAAUAUCCGAUUGUUGAACAACGAGAUCAUUACCGAGUCUAUAAAAAAUGGAAACUUCAUUGAAUCGGAAUAUCCUAUAGCAGUACUAUGUCAUUCCAUGAUAGCUGAUAACUCCAACAGCUAUCUAGUACAAUUUUUACUUCCUCUUGACAUAGCUGGUUCCACUUACAAUUUAUUGAAGACAGACUAUCUCGUUGAUGAAAAGCUGUAUGUAUGGGCAACAGAUAGCUACACUUUUGUUAACUUUAUUGAAUAUGAUGCAUCAACCUUAACGAAUGUCUCUCAGCAUAUGUUGAUCCAAUAUGCAGGCGACAACAUCAUGAUCGACUUAUCUUCGGAUGAAAACGGUGCUCUCUACUCAAUAACAACCGACAAACCCGUUAAUGUUAUCGCCCAUGUUAAGCGAAAUUCAUCUUAUCAAUUUGGUCAGAGUACUCCGUACAAUUGGCAUGGCUACAACAUUGUUCCCGUACCCUCUUCGUCCAAUGUUGACCCUCCAACAGACGGGACUGUAACAAAGCAAAUUGUGUCGGGGAUCACCUACCAUCAUAUUUCAAACUAUGGAUGGCCCCACCGUUCGAAUUUUAUAAAAGAAGACAGAAAUAAGCCUGUUCUGAACCCAAACCAAGAACCCGGUGAUGGCAUAGAUAACGACAAGGAUGGUCUAGUUGAUGAAGAGUACUGUGGGUUCCUGUCAGAAGAAUAUCCCGUAGAAUGGAACACCUUACACGAUAUUGACCUCGACGGAUCUUACAAUGAAGAUUGCAUGGGAUGUGGAGGUGGUCAGAAGCUCGAACCCAUGCUGUUCUGUACUCUUUGUGACCUAGGGACAUUCAGGACAAACCAGUCAAAAAUAGAUAAAUGCAUACCUUGUGGAGAGAAUUUGACGACAUUUGAAAAUGGAUCCGUCUCCCAAGACCAGUGUGUCGCACAAUGCGAAGAAGGCAUGGAACUUAACAAUGGUACACUGUUGUGUGAGCCAUGUCAAAUUGGAUUCUAUAAAAAUGUCUCGGCAAACGACAGCAUGUUUGACAUCAAUGAGAGGUUUUGGUGCUUGCCCUGCCCGGAUGGUCUCACAACUUAUGAUUUUGGAACGAUUCACAACUACCAAUGCAUUGACCACUGCAUAGAAGGCAUGUUUUGGAAUGGCACAGUGUGUACGGAAUGCCCAAUAGGGUUCUAUAAAGAGACAUCUAGUGUUAACCAGAGUCUUUCAUAUGAUCUGAGGUGGAAUUGCACAGAAUGUGACCCUGGGAUGACAACGUACGGCAUAGGAAGUGAGCAAUGUAUUGCGCUUUGCACAGAAGGUAUGGAACUAAACAAUGUGUCAAUGGUAUGUGAACCUUGUGAGCUUGGAUACUACAAAGGUGUCCCUGCCAAUGACACCAGGUUCAGUGUGGGUGAGAGGUUUUGGUGCUUGAAGUGUCCCUUUAAUAGGACCACCCGUGCUGUAGGGACUAAAGAUAUUGCAGGAUGCAUCGAAGACUGUCCGGUUGGGAAAGAGUUGAACAGUUCUAAUGGACAGUGUUACCCCUGUUCUGUUGGGUUUUAUAAAGACGUUGCUAGUACCGAUCUGACAUACCUCAUGAGGAAACGUUGGCAUUGUACCCCGUGCCCUUCGAAUAAAACAACAACGCAUAUUGGAACCGUGGAAGAAACCGACUGUAGAGACCACUGCAUAGAAGGCAUGUUUUGGAAUGACACAAUGUGUACGGAAUGCCCAAUAGGGUUCUAUAAAGAGACAUCUAGUGUUAACCAGAGUCUUUCGUAUGAUCUGAGGUGGAAUUGCACAGAAUGUGACCCUGGGAUGACAACGUACGGCAUAGGAAGUGUGGAAUGUAUUGCUCACUGUGGCAUAGGUCAACAUUUAAAGAACGGAGCAUGUGUCCCAUGUGAUAUAGGCUUCUAUAAAAACACAUCCAGUGAAGACGUUUGGCUCACAGAAAUACAGAGAUGGAACUGCUCACAAUGUCCCACUGGACUUACGACAAAUUCAACAGGGGCCCAUACAUGCCUCCCGCUUUGUCCUCUGGGAAAGGAAUAUAUGUAUUCAUCCGGAAAAUGCGAACUCUGUAGGGUAGGGUUUUACAAGAAUAUAAGUGGGAGCCACAUAGAGUGCUUCCAAUGUCCUGUAAAUUUCACAACCAGACAUGAAGGAGCUGUUGGUUUUCAGGAUUGUAAACUAGCUAAUUGCCAAUGUCCAUGUGAUAGAGUAAAUGAAGUGAAGAAUUAUACGAGUGAGGAACUGUCCAAAAUCAUCGAAGAAAUGAAAAACCAGCUAAGUGUUAACAAAGCUCAUCUUUCUGCCACUCUCCGGAAGAAAAUAAGCGUAAUGGAUCAGCGCCCCUCAGCCAAGUCCAUAGGCUAUGUUGGAGCGAUACUCAUAGCUUUAGUCUUCGGUCUGCUUCUAGGAUUUGACAUUGUCAUUUUAAGGCAACAUAUACCCAUGUUCUUUCGAAAUCUAAGAAGUUUGUUUUGUUAAAAACAUAGGGGGUGUAUACUGCUUGUAAUGUUGAAAAUAACGAUGUCUUUAAGAAGAUCAGUUCUGUAUAAAUAAUAAAUAUACCGUAAAUCGAGGUUUUAGCGUGUCACAAAAUUUUCGAAAAUGUGGAGAAUGUGUAACUUUAUCAGUCAAUUUUUGCAAAUUAAAAAUUCUCUAAUAGCAAAUAAUCACGGAUAUAAGUUUGGCGUAUUGGAUAUUUUGCAAAAAUAACCGGAUAUACGGUAUAGGGAAACAUCAAAAUUAUAAGGCAAAAAUAUGUAUUAAAUUUUAAGUAAAUGUUAACGUAUCAUUUUAUACUUUAUCAUUUGAUGUAUUACAAAUAUCACUAAAACGUAGAUGGGAGUUUGUUGAGUAUUCCAGCUCCUUAACGUGGCUCAUAACACCUUGAGAUAGUCUUUCAAACAAGUAGAAAAUUACUUAUUUAUGAUAGAUAACAUGAUGCUUAAGAGAUAUAUUUAUUUUUGCAAAUAGGUGCAAAGAUGUGCAAUUUUGGAAUCAAUAGGUGGGAUUUUCACAGAAUUAAUUCGGCAACUAGAAUUAAAAGCCCCAGACAGAUUCGAUCUGUCGAAUCUGAUCUGCAGUUUAAAAGCCUGAUAGUCAAGCGACCACUGAGCUAUAAUGAUAUUCAACCACAUUGACUAAAACAAACAAUUUAAUAGUCAUUUGUCUUAAAAUAUCUCUUGAUAAAGUGAGGUAUCUGAGCUCUUUACAAAUCAUCAACAGAGAUGUGUAUACUUAGUAUCUCAAUUCAUUAAUUCCAAAAUGGUUUUAAAUGAUGUGACAGUGCUUAUUUUGAUAAUCGAAUUGUUUUAGAGUAUCACAAAUAUUGAAAACAGAAAGUGAGAUGUAAAAUUACUAUGUCCUAUUUGUUAAUGUCUUUAGUAGCUGCGUCAACCUAUAUAGUCGCAUUUCAUUUGUUAAUCAUUUGUUAAAAAUAUCACUAAGUAUUUAUGGAACCUAUGUAUUUUAAUGUCUGUUUUAUUUUGCAUGUAUUGCAUGGUCUAUGUUAUGCACUUAUCGAUUAUAUAUUUCAAAAUGUGGAUCACUCUGACAAAUAAAUGAAAAACCAGAAUUGACCGUAAUCAAUUAAUUUCAUAAUUGGCAUACAAAAGUAAAUCAUUGUAAUAUGAGCAAAAAGUAUAUUGCAUGUACAAAAUUCAUGCACUGGUUAACUAUUGCUUCAAUCGAUCCAACAUUUCCUGCAUCGAAACAUAAUCGAUGGAAAAUUUCAUCGAAAGCUAGUUUUUAUUGAUAACAGAAUGCACUCUGUUGUUCCAAAGCUCAUAAAGUUUUAUUUUGAUAAACCGUAUCCAUUAUUCAUCCGUUGAACUGAAUACGUUUUUCUUUAUUAUAGAGAGUCUUGUGAGUACCAUCGAUAUCGUUCAAAAAGAGUCAAAUCAAUCUGUUUUGUUUAUAUUGUUGACUUUUGUAAACUGUUUAUAAUGACCAUUUGAAACAACACAGGGUGUUUGUAAACAUCUAAAGAGUUGUGUACUUAUAGUUGUUGUUUAAUGAAGAGUGAAACCAUGACAUAUUGUAUUCAUAUUGUAUUAUGCAUGAAACAUGUCGUUCUUAAGUCUUAAUUCUUAUUCUAAUUGGAAAGUCACAUCCUUUUGAAACAGACAAUGAUUAAAACCCGUAAACGAUAGGUGGUUUAAAAAAUCCUUUUCACAUCAACCAAUCAACCACCUCAUCGGAAAUAGCUGUGUAAAUUUAGUGCCCAUUCAGAAUCAUUAUACUGACAGUCUCUACAUUCAAUAUUUUGUUUUUAAGUAAAAUAUUUCAAAAUUCUUCUUAAUCUAAGAUAUCUUCAAAAGCAUGGUAUAUGUGGGUAAUUAAAAAAA